AUGGCGUUGCGGUCUCCGCGCGCCCUCGCGUGCGCGUUAUUGUGCCUCCCCGCCAGCAUAGCGUGGCACGGCAGCGGCGUGCGGCCGCGGCUGCCCUCCACCUCCCUCGCGUCUGCUCCACUCGCGCUCCGGCCGGCGCUGCACACGCGGGCGGCUCCAGCCCGGCUCGCCGCUGCGGCCGCAGUGCCUGAGCCGGAGCCGCAGCGGAGCGGGUGGCGGGCUCGGCUGCCGCCGGCGAACGAGCUGCGCAAGAUCGUCCCGCUGGCGAUCAUGUUCUUCUGCAUCCUCUUCAACUACACCAUCCUGCGCGACACCAAGGACGUCCUCGUCGCGCCCGGCUCCUCUGCCGAGGCGAUCCCUUUCCUCAAGACGUGGGUCAACCUGCCGGGCGCAGGCACGCUCACACAACAGCACAGCCUCGGGGCCCUCUUCUACACCGUCCUCUCCACCUUCCUCGCCUUCUUCGGCGCCUUCGGCUGGCUCAUCUACCCGCUCGUCUCUGCCGGCCUCCUCCACCCGAACUGGACAUACUCUCUCUUCUACCUGCUCGCGAACAUGUGGGGCUCUGUCGUCGUCUCGCUCCUCUUCUGGGGCUUCGCAAACGAGGCGCCCGGCUCCUCUGCCGAGGCGAUCCCUUUCCUCAAGACGUGGGUCAACCUGCCGGGCGCAGGCACGCUCACACAACAGCACAGCCUCGGGAACUGGACAUACUCUCUCUUCUACCUGCUCGCGAACAUGUGGGGCUCUGUCGUCGUCUCGCUCCUCUUCUGGGGCUUCGCAAACGAGGCCUUCCCCGACCCAACCGCCUACUCGGCCUUCAUGGGAUCAUUCUCGUCCGCCACCGGCGUCGCCACGCUUGCCAUGAUGCUCUUUGGGCGGUUCGUCUUCCGCAAGUGGGGCUGGGGCACCGCAGCAAUGAUCACGCCUUCGGUGCUGCUCGGCACCGGCGUCGCCUUCUUCGCUCUCUGCCUCACAGGCAACACACCCGCCACCGCGGCCCGCCCCUUCGCCGGCGACACGCCCGCGGCACGCAACACCUUCGCGCCGCUCCUGUCGACGGUCGGCCUCACGCCGCUCAUGCUCGCCGUCUUUGUCGGCGCGGCGCAGAACAUCGUGUCCAAGGCGGCAAAGUACUCCCUCUUCGACCCGUGCAAGGAGAUGGCCUACAUCCCCCUCGACGCCGAGGAGAAGACCAAGGGCAAGGCCGCCGUCGACGUCAUCGGCGGGCCGCUCGGCAAGUCGGGCGGGAGCCUCGUGCAGCAGCUGCUCAUCUUUGGCUUCGGCUCGCUCGCCGCGUCGACCCCCUACCUCGCCGUCAUCCUCGGCGGCAUCAUCUUCGCCUGGAUGGGCGCGGCGCGCUCGCUCUCCGGCCAGUUUGACGCCGCCAUGCAGCAGCAGCAGGCGGCAGAGGGCUCGCCGGAGGCGGCGGCCGACACGGCCACCAUAUCGCGGCUUGGCGUGCGUUCCCGCCCGCCGAUCGCGGGCGACGGCGGCCCGGCGCCGACGAGCGAGAACGCGGUCCUGGCCGAGGGAGCGGCAGAGGCGGAGGAUGGCGCGAUGCUUCUGGUUCGGAUGCAGUGCCCCGCGUCCGUGGACGGGCACUACUGGUCCGAGCUGCUGGUCGACGCCGGCGCGCUCUAUGUCAGCUUGAGCGACGGCGGCCGCGGCACGGACGCCGAGCAGCCGAUAUACCACGCCCACCCGCCCGGAGAGUCGAGCGCGCAGCUGCUCGAGCGGCUCCCCGCGGAGACCACGCCGGGGCACCUGACGCCGGUCUGGUCCAACACGCAGCUCGAGGUUGGCUUUGCGCCGGACGUCGACGUCGAGGCGACCCUCCUCCUCGCGGCCGCCGUCGCGGGCGAGACUCCGCCGCGCUUCGAGGUGGAGCUGCUGGGCGCGCGUGACUGGGUGUCGCAGGUGCAGUCGGACUGGGCGCCCGUCGAGCUGGCGGGCUGUCUGCGCAUCCUCUUCCCGUGGCACGCCGACAGCGCCGGCGAGGGCUCGGGCGGCGCGCUGCCACCAGCCCUGCAGCUGCAGCCGGGGAUGGCGUUUGGGACGGGCGAGCACGCGACGACGCAGCUCUGCGUUCGCGGCGUGCACUCGCUGCUGGCGGGUGGGCGGCUGACCGGCUGCGACGCGAUGCUCGACUUCGGCUCUGGCUCCGGCGUCGUUUCGCGCGCCAACGCCGUUGACAACGGGAUGGCCGACCGGUUUGUGGCGGUGCUGCCCGCCGAGGAGGCGCCGGAGGAGUACGAGCUCGUGGUUGCAAACAUCCUCGCGCGCACGCUCGUGCAGCUGCAGCAGCCCACACUGUCCUCGCGCGUCGCGGCGGGAGGCACACUGCUGCUCUCGGGCAUCUGGGGCGAGGCGCAGGCGGCCGAGGUGGAGGCGGCGUUCGCGCCCGACUUCGAGGGCUUUGAGCGGAGCUGGCAGGACGGGUGGGUGGUGAUCAGCGCGAGGCGCAGGAGGUAA